AUGCCCGGGGUAGAUGGAGACAUUCGUGUCCUGCCCAGGGUGACAGCCUGGGGGAGCGACCUGCCGGUGUGUGCGAGCUGCGGGCAGGGCAUCUACGAUGGGCAGUACCUGCAGGCGCUGAACGCCGACUGGCACGCCGACUGCUUCAGGUGCUGCGAGUGCGGGGCCUCCCUGUCCCACCAGUACUAUGAGAAGGAUGGGCGCCUGUACUGCAAGAAGGAUUACUGGGCGCGCUUCGGGGAGCUCUGCCACGGCUGCUCCGAGCAGAUCACCAAGGGGCUGGUCAUGGUGGCUGGGGAGCAGAAAUACCACCCCGAGUGCUUCAGCUGCCUCAACUGCCGCACCUUCAUCGGGGACGGGGACACCUACGCGCUGGUGGAGCGCUCCAAGCUCUACUGCGGCCACUGCUAUUACCAGAUGGUGGUGACACCGGUCAUCGAGCAGAUCCUGCCGGAUUCUCCGGCAUCCCGCAUCCCGCACACCGUCACGCUUGUCUCCAUCCCCGCCUGCUCCGACGGCAAACGUGGCUUCUCCGUCUCCAUCGACCAGGGCUGUGGCACCGAGCACCCCCGCACCGUCCGCGUCCGAGAGGUAGAUCCAGACUGCAUCAGCCCUGACAUGAAGAACUCCAUCCACGUUGGCGACCGCAUCCUGGAGAUCAACGGCACCCCCAUUGGCCAUGUCCCCCUGGAUGAGAUUGACCUGCUGAUCCAGGAGACCAGCCGCCUGCUCCAGCUGACCAUCGAGCACGACCCCCAUGAGCCCCUUGCCCACGAGCCGGGGCUCGCCUGCAGCCCCCUGCCCGCGGCCUGCAGCCCCCUGCGCUCCCCGGCCCCCCAGCCCUGCGCGGAGCCCAGCGCCAUGCGCCAGCGCACCGUCACGAGGAGCUGCAGCACGGACAAGUCCCCGGGCUCAGGCUCGGUGGGCUCGCCCGCGUCCCAGCGCAAGGACAUCGGUCGCUCCGAGUCGUUGCGCGUCGUCUCCCGCGCCCAUCGCAUCUUCCGCCCUUCCGACCUGAUCCACGGCGAGGUGCUGGGCAAGGGCUGCUUCGGCCAGGCCAUCAAGGUGACACAUCGAGAGACAGGCGAGGUGAUGGUCAUGAAGGAGUUGAUCCGCUUUGAUGAGGAGACGCAGAGGACCUUCCUCAAAGAGGUGAAGGUGAUGCGCUGCCUGGAGCACCCCAACGUGCUGAAGUUCAUCGGGGUGCUGUACAAGGAGAAGAGGCUCAACUUCAUCACGGAGUACAUCAAGGGGGGCACCUUGAGGAGCCUCAUCAAGAGCAUGGACAGCCACUACCCCUGGAGCCAGCGGGUCAGCUUCGCCAAGGACAUUGCUGCUGGAAUGGCCUACCUCCACUCCAUGAACAUCAUCCACCGUGACCUCAACUCUCACAACUGCCUUGUGCGGGAGAACAAGAGUGUGGUGGUGGCCGAUUUUGGGCUGGCACGGCUGAUGGUGGAUGAGAAGAACCAGCCUGAACAUCUCAAGAACCUGAAGAAACCGGAUCGGAAGAAGCGGUACACAGUGGUGGGGAACCCGUACUGGAUGGCCCCUGAGAUGAUCAAUGGGAGGAGCUACGAUGAGAAGGUGGACAUCUUCUCCUUCGGCAUCGUCCUGUGUGAGAUCAUCGGCCGGGUGAGCGCUGACCCCGACUACCUGCCCCGCACCACUGACUUUGGCCUCAACGUCAGAGGCUUCCUGGACCGCUACUGCCCCCCCGCCUGCCCCCCCAGCUUCUUCCCCAUCGCUGUCUGCUGCUGCGACCUGGACCCUGAGAAGCGGCCGUCCUUCAGCAAGCUGGAGCAGUGGCUGGAAACCCUCCGCAUGCACCUGGAGAUCCACCUGCCGCUGAGCUCCCAACUGGAGCAACUGGACCGAGCCUUCGGGGAGACACACCGGCGGGGGGAGGGUGGACUGCCCACAGCCCCCCGAUCGAGACCCCCCUACCUGCACCCCCUCUGAAGCCGCUGAAGGGAGAAGGAGCUGCACCUGCCGCCAGCAUCUCCUCUGGCUGCCACCACCACCCCCGGGGCUGGAUCCCGGGGGCUCCCCAGAUGAGCCCCCCGACCCCAUCUCCUCUGCACGGGCUGCCCUCACCCUCCCUGGGAGCUGGCUCUCCCCUGUGCAUCCCCCCCCCCACCAUAGCUCUUGCCCCCAGGACAUGCCCAGCUGGCCACACCGUGGGGACCAUGUCCCCCAGUUCCCCCCGCCCCGGCUCGCUUCGCCUUUGCACGCCCGGGGGCUGCGUGGCUGCAGCCCCCCCCGAGCCCCGGGGGCUCCCCCCGUACAGAGCCGCGGCCUCGCGGCGGUGCCUUGGCUUUCCCUGAACUUGCACUGCGACAGGAGGGACACCCCGGUUCCUUCGGGGGGGGGAGGUACGUGGUCCAUGGGGCCCCCCUGGGGGAACACGGGUCUCGGGGCAGCCUCGUAGCAAUGCCCUCGUCCUUGGCCGGACCCUCUCACGCUGCUUCUACCGGCACCCCGGGCUCAGGGGGCUGCCGGCACCCCCCGGCCGAGCGAGGGGGCUGUGGUUGGGACACACACACCCCCACCCCAUGGCAUGGGGACAAGUACGUAGCGGUCCCCACUGCCCCCACGUCCCCGCUGCCCGUGCUAAUCCGUGACCGCGCAUCCCUGGGGACGGCGCCGGGUGGUCCCAGAGGGAUGCGGGGGUGCGGCUCGUCUUGGUCCCCUUGACCUGGGGUGGUUGGGGGAAGGGGGUUGCGCCACGCGGUGCUUUUCAUGCUCUUUAUUCAGGUUCAUUUUUCUGUAAGAUAUUUAAAGAGAAGAGUUUGUAUUAUUUUUUCAUACGACGUAGCGUUUGCCAUUUGUCACUGCCUCGGUUCUGCUUUCCCGAAGGGAUGAAACUGUGAAGCCUCUCCGCGCACUUUUGCCCGGGAAGUCCAAGGCGACGUCCUCUCCGGAGGCGGGAAGGGAGCUCAAACUGUGAUGUACCCCGAGCCGUGAGUCAAUAAAUCCUUCCCUGCUCGCUGC